UAUUAAUGCAAAUGAAGGUUUCGGUUACAAGCACAAUGUUUACAAAUCUAACAUGUAAACUCUCAAGUGUGUGUGUGUGUGAGUUCCGACAGAAAGCUCUCAACACUCUCUAUCUCUCGGUGCAAAAUGGCAGAACUUCAGAACUGACUCACACAUACACUGCAUGGGUAUAUAUACCCAUACACAGCAGGUCUGCUCGAAGGAUCCGAAAGAUGGUCCGAAGGAUCAUCUUUCGAAUACAAUGCUCUCGAAGGAUAAGCAGGGACCUCGAAAGAUCAUCUUUCGAGGUCUAAUCAUUCGAAGCAUAUCUUUCGAGCACCUCGAAGGAUCAACAUUAUCCUUCGAGGUUAUCCUUCGAGCCAGACAACUUUCAACAACUCUACUUACUGUUGACUGAGUCAAACCAGGAGGACGGUUGACUUGGUCAACUUACAUGACUUACAAGGACAUCGUUUACAUCGUGACCGAAUACAGACAAAGUACAGACACAAGUGCACCAACAGAGAUCUUGUGAAUUUGGAGGUGCUCAGUCUUGCUUGUUGUGGCAUCCGCAAGUUACCAUCUACGAUAGGGAAUCUAAGAAAGCUAAAGUUACUAGAUCUGACAGAAUGUGCCGACCUUCAUAUUGAUGAUGGCGUCUUUAUAAAUUUAGUCAAACUUGAAGAGCUUUAUAUGAGAGGUGAUUAUAAGAAAGGAAUCUGCUUCACGGAUGCUAAUUUGGAAGAGUUAAAGAUGCUUUCAUGCCAACUUUGUGCAUUAGAGGUCAAUUUCUAUGAUAUGUGGAAACAAUAAUUUCAUUCAAAACUACAUUACAGCUGUUCCUUUGGGACGAUGAGCACAGAAGCGACCUUGUGGACUACAAAAUUGAUGAGUUGGUCAAGAAAUCAGAGAGUCUAUGUUUAAGAAUGAAGCAUAUGAGUCAUCUUGAAGAUUUUGUUCCAGUCAAUCCUUCUGAUCAAAGCUUUUUUUUGUAUCUAAGAGACUUUGAGGUUGAUGAUUGUGAUAAGUUGAAAUACCUCUUCCCAAUACAUGUGACACGUGGUUUGAGGAAACUUGAGCGCCUCACAAUUUGGUCAUGCUAUGAUUUGGAAGCAGUGGUGCAUGAUUACAAUGGCGAGAUAAAUGGUAAAGGCGAGAUGAUCAUUUUUGAGGAGCUAAAGUAUUUAUGUUUAGGUUGCUUACCAAAGCUUGUACGUUUGUUCCCGGUUGACAGUGUGGUUGAGCUACCGCAACUGGUUGAACUGAAAGUUAAUGAACUUCCCAGAAUCACUAGCAUUUAUCCUGACAAUAAAAAUACUUCUGCAUUGCAACAAGCACUCUUUAACAGUCAGGUUAGAACUUCCGAGUUGAAAAAGGUAGUUAUUAAAAGUAUGAAGAAUCUGGAGCGGAUAUGGCCGAGUAGUAGUGAGGAGGAAUUUGAUAAUAUUCCCAUGUUAAGAGACAUUGAGGUGGAAACGUGUCAUAAGCUUGAGAAUCUAUUUCCAACCAAUCCAAUGCGAUUAUUGAAACAUCUAGAACAAAUAACAAUUUCAAAGUGUUAUUCCGUUCGAGAGAUAUUCAACAUAGACUUGGAAUGUUUUGGUGAAGUUGAACAAGUUAUCAACAUCAGCUUGCGUUACAUUUGUGUACGUCGUUUUAAUGAAGAAGAGUGUCACGUGUGGAGUAUAAAAGGUGGUGAAAGAAACUCAAGUUUUCAUGACUUUGAUACAACGGGAUGGGUGAGAAAAGAGAAUGUACGAUAUGAGACCAGAUACGAAAAAACUUCGCACCAACCGAGUCCAAAUUCGAUUCGGUUAAGAAGAGGAAGAGGCAAUUUGGGUGAAGUAUUGAGUGGUCAAGCCGGGGCGGACACGCGCUUGAAAGGAAAACUUUAAGGUGAUCGCUAUGAUGUUACGGAUGAAGAUCAAGCAUAACGAAGAAUCGAACAGAACCGAAGAUCAAGCUUCCGCUUUUUGUUUAGUUAUUUUACGAACCGAACAAUGUUAACGUGUUGAAGUGUUUUAAAUACUUAUGAAGUUUUUAUCAAACUUGAAAUAUGUAUGGACGUUUAUUUGCGUUACAUGUAUAUAAAUGCAAUACUUUUAUAUAAAUUUUUAGUUAUUUAA